GUGAGUGAGCGAGGUGGGUGCCGCGCGCUGGGGGAGGGGAGGGGCGCGGCCCAGCCCGGCCCGGCCCGGUACGGCACGGCACGGCACGGCACGGCACGGCACAGGGCGCGCGCGGCGGAGCAGGGACCAACAGCCAAACGGUCGGGUUGGCAGAGGCGCUUGAACUGCUGCGGGAGAUGCCGCUUCCCUCAUCGGAGCAAAAAACAGCAGAGUACUAAUUCACUGAACCUGACUGCUAAGGUGCAGAAAGUGUCCUCUUCAUCUACUGCUCCACUGAUGCUCUGAAGAAUGCGAGACCUAACGGCUCAGGUAACGAGCGAUCUGCUGCAGUUUCCAGAAGUGACCCUUCAGGCACUUGGGGAAGAUGAGAUAACCCUAGAUUCUGUGCUGAGUGGGAAGUUUUCUGGAGGGAGAAAUGGCCUAGCAUGGUUGGCAUGUGGUCCUCAACUUGAAAUAGUAAACUCUUUGACAGCAGAGCGUCUCUCUGCAUACCGUUUCAGUGGAGUAAGUGAACAGCCUCCCACUGUUCGUGUGGUAAAGGAGUUUUCCUGGCAGAAGAGAGCUGGACUGCUGGUUGGAUUGGAAGAAGCAGAGGGAAGUGUUCUCUGUCUGUACGACCUUGGAGUAUCAAGAGUGGUUAAAGCAGUUGUUCUUCCAGGAAGGGUAACUGCUAUAGAACCCAUAACUAAUGACGGAGGAGCCAGCGUGAGCACUCGUCACCUACAUCAGGGCUUGCGAUGGCUCUUUGGAGUGGCAGCAGUGGCUACAGAUGUUGGUCAUCUCCUUCUGGUUGACCUUUGUUUGGAUGAUUUAUCUUGCAGUCAGAAUGAAAUAGAAGCAUCGGAUCUAGAAGUUGUCACUAGAAUUCCUGCUGAAGUUCCACAAAGAAGAGAAACUGUGACCAGAGAAGGGAGACAUCUCUGUUUUCAAUUACAAAAUCCCUCUGGAACAUCAGUAUCAACCCUGUGCUACAUAAGCAGAAGCAAUCAGCUUGUUGUGGGCUUUUCAGAUGGCUACCUGUCACUAUGGAAUAUGAAGACUUUGAAGAGGGAGCACCACUCUCAGCUUGAAGGGGGAAGAAUUCCUGUCUAUGCUGUUACUUUUCAAGAGCCUGAGAAUGAUCCUCGCAAUUGUUGCUACUUGUGGGCAGUUCAGUCUACACAAGAAAGUGAAGGUGAUGUUGUGAGUUUACAUCUGUUGCAGUUAGCAUUUGGUGACAGAAAACACUUGACUUCAGGACAAGUCAUGUAUGAGGGUUUGGAAUACUGUGACGAAAGGUACAGUUUAGAUCUCACGGGUGAAGCCUUUCCCUUGAGAGGACAGACCAGCAAUACUAAAUUACUCAGUUGUCAGACUGUAGAAAAAUUUCGCAACCAUGUUGACAGAGAUGACAGUGUUAAUGAAGUAAUAUCUCCUGACACCAGUGUAUCAAUCUUCAGUUGGCAAGUGAAAACAUACGGUCAGGGAAAACCAUCUACUUAUUUGGGUGUAUUUGACAUUAAUCGCUGGUAUCAUGCUCAAAUGCCAGAUUCACUAAGACCAGAAGAAUUCCUUCAAGAUUGUCCCUAUUUUGCAUUUUGGUCACUGGAUAGUGUAAUUAGCACAACUUCUCCAAACCUCAUUUUGGAUAUCCUGGUACAUGAGCGGAGUCUAAGUCGGGGAGUUCCUCCUUCUUAUCCACCACCUGAGCAGUUUUUUAGUCCAAGCACCUAUAAUUUUGAUGGUACGUGCUUGCUGAGCUCUGGAGUUGUUCAUAUGACUUGCACCGGCUUCCAGAAGGAGGCCUUGAAUUUUUUAAAGAAAUCUGGUCCUUCAAUAAGUGAAACCAUUCAUGAAAGCUACAACAGAUGUCUUGUGGCUGGCUUGCUGUCUCCAAGACUAGUUGAUGUCCCUCCAUCCAGUCUGAGUCAGGAGGAACAGUUAGAGGCUGUGUUGUCAGCUGCUGUCCGGACAGGUUCUCUAGAGCUUCUGACUGGAUGCAUUAAACAUUGGACAUGUGAAGAGCAGCCACGUUCUGCUGCUAAUUUACGGUUUGUUCUUGAGUGGACAUGGAACAAAGUGAUCUGUACAAAAGAGGAGUUUGACCAACUGUGUGUUCCCCUGUUUGACGGCUCUUGCAACUUCGUUGACCCACAGACAUUGCAGUCUCUUUGGCACUGCCAGUUGCUUUUGAACAACCUUAGCACAGUCUUCAACUCCUUUCGAACAGAAGCACGAGAGCUUACUGAAAAAGGUUUUGCAGACUUGACAAACAAGCAUGUGGUCACGAGCCUUAUUUCUUUGUAUGCACAAGUGGUCAUCUGGUUCUGUCAAUCCAGUCUCCUCCCAGAGAGUUUAGGAGAUGGUAUGCAUUUGUCUAAACCUUUCUACAAUUAUCCUCUGAUUCAGAGCUACUACACUGAACACCGACAGAAACUCGAGCAUUUAUCUGGAGGAAAAUGGGACUCUGAUUGUUUGCUGAUUGAUGGAAUGGUUUCCCAGUUAGGAGACCAAGUUGAGAAGUUGUGGCAGAGAGAGGAAGGAGGAACUGGGAAAUAUCCACCUGCCAGUUUACACGCAUUGCUGGAUCUCUAUUUGCUAGAAAGCAUUGAAGAAAGCUACAAACAUGCAAUUACAAUUUACUUACUGCUAGAUAUCAUGCAUUCCUGUCCAAUGAAAGCAGAAACUCCAAUCGACUCCUUCCCAACUGCCUUUGCCAUCCCCUGGGGACUCGUGAAGCUCAUCCAAGGGUUCUGGCUUCUGGAUCACAAUGAUUACGACAACUCCCUGGCCUUGCUCUUUCAUCCGGUGACUAUCAAAACAGUGUCAUGGCAACACCGGAGGAUUCUGGAAUCCCUCAUGUGCCAGGGGGAGCACAGGCGAGCCCUCACAUACAUGCAGAUGGCGAAGCCUUCGGUGUCCAUGUCGAGCAGUAAUGAAGUGAAGCUUCUCAUCUCUGUACUGCUGUCCAACAGGUGCAUGGUGGAGGCUUGGGGUCUGUUGCAGCAACAUGCCACUAAGUUAAACAUCGAAGAGCUGUUAAAACACAUGUAUGAAACCUGCCUGGAGAUGGGACUAAUGGAAGACUUGCUGAAGCUGCCUUUCACAGACACUGAACAGGAGUGUUUGGAGAAGUUUUUACAGACCAAUGCUGGUGUCCAGGGUCAGGAGUUUCUUUUAGUCUACCAUCUGCAGCGUGCCAACUAUAUCCCAGCACUACAGCUGAACCAGUCAAUGAAUGCUAAUCUCAUGAAUGAUCGUGAUCCUCGCUUGAGGGACAGAGCACUUGCCAGAAAUUCUCUGCUAGAACAAUAUGGCAAGAUCCUUCCUAGAGUUCAAAGGAAGCUGGCAGUAGAGAGAGCAAAGCCUUACCAUUUACCUGCAUCAGUCUCAAGAGAAGUUGCAAGACCAAAGCCAUUAUCAGCAGUAAUAAAACAAACUAAUGCAGGAAAUGUGCACACAAGAGCAACUUUCAUCAGUAAUGUAUUGUCCAAAAUUGAGGAGAUAGGGGUAGCAAAUGUGCAGAAACACGGUUCCUUCAUAUAUGAGAGUCCUGGAGCUACAGCAUCACCAGCUGUAACCUGUCCUGUCCCUGACACAGACCUGCACAACGCAUUUGUUGGGACACCAGUGACAAACUUUUCACAGCGACGUUCCAGAUGGCUCCAUUCAGGGGUUUGUCCUGUUCCUUCUUCUUCUGUGGCACAGGCUGGUAGCUGGCAGUCACCAUGCAGAGCUUCUGCUUCCUUCAGAGCAUCCAGUCCCCUGAUACAGGGCUCAAUCUCACAAAGGAAUUUUUCCAGAGCAUCAGAGCUGAAUUUGCUAGAGACCCCUCUUGUGGUUAAGAGAGCUAAAGUUCUGGCCACAUCUACUUCUGCUUUCCCUGGCUUUACUCCUCAGUCUAUUCUCAGAUCCAGCCUUCGCAAUACACCCCUAGCAACUCCCUCUGCAUCUCCUGGACGUUCAGUUACUCCUCCUCUACGAGCAAAGGAACCUAGAAUAUCUUUCAGAGAAGAGAACUCAAACACCAAAUGGACUGUUGGGGUGACGGAAGAUAAUAGAGCACUGUCUGAAGCUUCAUCUGAGCUUCACCAGGGAAUGGUGGUUGAUGCUUGGUCCAAAAGUAGAGACAAACUAACUGUGGUGACUCUGAGCGAUCCAGAGGAGGAUUGUGCUGAAAUGGGAGAGUCUUUGGAAAGCAUCCCUGGAGAUAGCCUGGAGAAAAUGGAUGUCAGCCAAGAAAACAGUAAUGUCUCUGCCAGGUCAGACCAAACUACUUUGGAGUAUCAUGAUGCAAAAUCCCCUGGUAAUUUUGAAGAUGAUAUCAUCUUCAUAGCUACUCAACCAGCUACUUCUUUUAUGGAAGAAACUGACGAUUUCCAAGAAUCGGAGAAGGAAGAGUACAGUGAAGUGGUUGAAGCUAAACCUGUCCAAAUGGAACAACCAGAUUCUCCAGAGCCAAGAGAAGAAGCUGGAUUGGUGGAAGAAUCAAAUGCUGAGCAUCCUAUCCUUCAUGAGGAUGGGAAGUUGGUGUUUAAAGCUGCAGAGGCUGCUACUUUUGGGACUGCUAGUGAAGGUGAAACAAACGACCAGGAAACCAAUAUGUCCUCUUCAUCAGAAGCAGCAGCCACGCCAGUUGCAAUAAAUGUCCAGCUUUCCGAAUCCCCAGAGGCAGAGAGAAAAUCUGUGAUAAGUAUUCUGGACAGUGAGGAGGUACUCAGUACUUGUGCAGAAAAUCACACCGAGGGUAAGAGUGAACCAGAAGAACAUGACCUAGAAUCAGCUGAAGUUGAAGAAAACAUUCCUUUUCCACAGAAAGAAAUUACUGUUUCUAACAAUCUUCCUAAACCUGAGGAAGUUAAUGUUAUUGAAGAUGGCACGAUUAAGGCACAAACCUCAGAAGAAGCACCUGAAACAUCACCAUAUAGUGAACUACAUCCAUCAGGCAGUCUUCAAUACAGCUAUGAUACUAUAGAGCAGCGGUUUGCCUAUGAUUUGCCCGAUAUUAAAGAUGAUGAAUGUGAUGCAGCUGAAGGAGAUGGGGAGCUUUUUCUAUCUCAGAGUAAUUUUACUUUAGUUUUGGAAGGAGAAGAAGGUGAAGCGGAGAUGGGAGACCCUACAUUAGUAGAUACUUCUAAAGCAGCUGGCACAACAACAGAGGAGAAACCUGUGAACAAUCUAGGAAAUACUGACAACGAAGAACAUGUUACCAACUCAGUGUCCACUGUAACUAGUGACCAGGAGUCUCAAAAUAUUGCAGAGUCACUCCCAUAUGUGCCUGAACCCAUUAAGGCAGCUAUUGCUGAGAAUUUACUGGAUGUAAUCAAAGACACUAGAAGUAAAGAAUUUACAUCUGAAAUUGUAGAACAAUCUAUUAAUGAAACAAUAGGUAACAAGGUAACUAGAUUCAGGAAGGCGAAAACUUCCCUAACAACUGUGCCAGAAGGUUUAGAAGAUGAAACCAGCAGCCAUGAAGUAGAGCCUGUCAUCACUCCUAGAACACGCACAAGGAGGCAGCUGAGUAGAACUUCAAGUACUCCCUCGUCAGGCACUGAGCAACUACUUAAGAGGGAGAAACCGGUUCUGUUAGGACUGUCCCCUAGGAGAAGUACGAGGCGAACAAAAGAAGUGUCUGAGACUUCUAGUUUUCCAACAGAAGAAAAUGCUCUAGGUGAGCAAAUAGCUGUGAUGCCUGUUACUCCUAGGAGAGGUAGGAAGCCUAAAGCAACUAAUUUAGAAAAAGUAGAGAGCAGCCAUUCUAAUAGACAAACAUUGUCCGUCAGUAUGAAGCCCACAGCUGUUACACCAAGAAGAGGGUUAAGGAGAGCAAAGGAAGCUGCAUCUGAACUCUUGGAAGAGUUGAAUGAGGAAACUUGCCUUGCUGAAGGUAGCAUUACUGUCUGUGCUACUUCCAAAAGGACUAGAGGAGGAAAGAGUGAGGCGAGAGACCAAGAAACCAACCAGAGCAACACUGAUCAUAAGAUAAAAAUGGCAGUCAGCCCCAGCAGAAGUGCAAGAAAACUGAAAAGCAUUCAUUCACAACUUACUGAAAACAUUGUCAAGGAUCAAGAGGUGCAGCCUGGUGAUCAACUCCUUUCACCUGUGCCAACUAAAAGAGGCAGAAGAAGAAAGAUGAGUUCAUCAGAAGUUUCAGAAAAGUAUGACCUUGAUCUGUCUAAAUCAUCACUUCCUCCAACAGAAUUUAAACUUCCGGUCACUCCUAGAAGAAGUGCUAGGAAGGGGCCACAAAAGCUCUUGGCAGACCCAGAACCUACAUCUACUCAGGAAGACUUACGUUUGGGUGAGAAACUGGAAAGCCUUGCUACUCCUAGGAGAAGAACAAGAGUUAAACCAGAAGGAAAGGAUUCUCGUGAGCAAACACCUGCUCAGCCAAUGACGAAAUUGAUCACGCCACAGGCUACAGUAAGGACUGGGCGUCGGGGCAGAAAGAAGAAGUUAGUAUUGGAGGAGAGCACAGGGGAGGAGGACUCCCCCCAUGGACCUGGGGGCAGCCCUUUGCUGCUUGAAGGCAUCAACCCAUCAGGGCAUGAUGAAACAUCAAGAACUUCAACAGAACAUCUUACAAGAACCAGAUUCCGCAGUAUUGCCACACAUCAGAAACUUGAUGUUGAAGAAAAUGAAUCCUUCCUCUUCUCUCCUCCUCUUUCAAAGCUGGCAAAGAAAUUUAAAGCUGGAAAAGCAGAUGAUCCUGUGCACCUUAAGGACUUAGAUCCGGACUUGUCUUCUCAGUUUGUCUUUUCACCCCCUCUUUUGAGAUCAAGGAGAAAAAAUGCAUCUAGCAUUUCCCGAGUUGUGGAAGAACCAGAGCUUCCAGCUAAAGAGGAAGAGGAUAACAAAUCCAUAGAGUCUGUGGGAAAGCAGAAGUUGAAGAGAGGUAGAAGUGCAAAAUCCAGAAUGAAGAAAGCAAGCAAAACCACAAGAAAAGAAGGUUCUUGGUCCCCUCCACCAGUGGAAAUAAAAUUCAUCUCUCCUUUUGGAACUCCAGUGGAGGGAACACAAAGCAAGCAGAAGGAACCCACAGACUUGACAGAGAAGACUCUCCGGAAGAACAAAAAAAGAUUAUCUCAUUUUCCAAAACCAGUUGUGCGCCGGAAGAUGCUGUAACUGUUUUUUACAUUUUUAUGUACACCACUGUUUGUAAAGUCAUCCAAAUUGUGAGGAUUAGUAAAAAGGAAAAAAAACUAAUUUGGAAGAGAUAAUUUAUAUAAAUUAUUGUAAAAUUUCAUAAACAAAUGGUCUUCAAUAAGUAACUCCAUGUGGAGUGUGAUUUCCUUAGUCAGUGCAGUUUUCUAUUUUAUAUUAAGACUUCAUACAUUUAUAUAAUAUGUAAAUACAGCUUAUUUUAGGAAUGUUAAAUAAAAAUGUAUACUUCACAAUAUGCAUACUGUGUGACAGCUUUUUGAGGGAGUAGUGGGUUGAAUGGCCUGAAUUGCCCAGAAACUUUAAUGUUGGUUUGCAAGAGUUCUUGACCCUCAAAAGCGAGGCCAAAAGCUUUUUAAGCUUUUUUAAAGUUUUCUUAGAAUUCCUAUAAUGAGUAAACAUUUAAAGCAUACUAGUUUUAAAUUUUGUAAAUUACGUUUGACCUUCUGGCACAAUUACUUGGGCUCACAGUACAAACUGGUAACUCCUUAUGUUCACGGUUACUUUGUACUAUAUUGAAGUCCGAAUGUAAACAGUUGUAUUUUAAGCUGUGCAAUGUUUUUUUUGUAUUUGUCUUAGACCUUGGGGAAGCUGCUCUUUAGUUCAUAAAACUAGAUCACACCUCAGAUGUUUCACUAUUUUUUACAAUUUGUUGUCAGAGAAGCAUUAGCUGUAUAGAGGGUGUGAUGCUUAGAAUAGCAUAUCCGAUUUGAAGGGAUAUUACUCACAUACUUUGGCAUUUGAACCAAACCUAUUUUCCUAAGGUUAAUAGAAAUGCUACCAUAAUUUAAAUAAAGACUGUCUGUGAACAUAUUUUGCAAUAUUUGAAGCCUACAUAUCACAUCAUUGAAAACCUGAUGGUAAAGCUAACAUAAUAGCCUGAAAAAGGUACAAAAGGGUACAGAAAUCUUAUUUACAAGUCAUAUUUUUUAAUAAUUAUUUCAUUAAUACUGUUGGGUUAUGGAGUAGAUGUCCCUAUAAAGCUUCAGUUUGUAAAAAUAAACUGAGAAACCUAUUCUUUUAAAAGGAAACAUGAAAGUACUAUUUUGAUGUGCAGUCUUUUAGACAAUUAUUUUUAUGUAUGUUAAUUUAUAUAUGGAUGCAACUUUGAAGACUACAGAAUGGUGGAAC